AUGUCAGAGGUCGAAAGUUCUGACGACGAAUACGAGGUUGAAGCCAUCUUGGACACUCGAAAGAAAAAGAUUAAGGGAGCAGUUAGAGAAUAUCUGAUCAAAUGGAAGGGUUACGAUAAUGAGGAGGACAACACUUGGGAGCCAGAGGAGAAUCUCGAUUGUACGGACAUUCUAAAGGAGUUCAAGAAAAAGAAUUUGCCAAGAUUGGCCAAGAAAAUAAAAGAAAAGAAUAACAAGAAAAAACGAAAGCGCCCUGAAUCCGAAGAGAAAAAGAUAAUCUCCGAUGCAUCAGAUACUGAUCUCGGAGAUGAGUCGACCGCUAUUCAUCCUAAGAAGCUGAAGCAUAACGACUCACAGAAGGUGUAUCCACAAGAAGAUUCAGCGGCUAGAAAAAUCAAGAAGGAGCGAGAGUCUGGUGAUAGGAUAGCAAAGCAGCGCAAGGUGAGCGAGGUGAUCGAUCUGGAUUCUGAAGGAUCAGAGGGAAGCCAGAAGAUAAGCAAAAGACGAAUUCGAGUGACACAAAAACGGCGAACAUGGAGUAACCUUAUUCCAGAAAAUGAAGCUCUUUCUGAUGACGAUCAAGACAGUGUUAUAUCCGGCAUGUCUGGCACAGUUACGAUCGCCAAAGAAAAGAAAAUAUCAGACAAAUCUGAUACUCUUUCCAGCACCAAAAAGAAGCAACCUUUCCAGCCGACAGAAACAAAUCUCCCAGUUCAAGUUCCCGUCGAAGCUCAAACUUCUCAAUCUCAGGAAAAUGCUGCCAAAGAAAACACCCCAUCUACCUCUGGGGUAGAACCUACCUCAGCAGAGAUUAAAAAUGAGAAAGAAACUACGCCCAGGAAGCAUGUCUCAGGAUUCGACCAAGGUCUCGUUCCCGAGGAAAUCGUCGGUGCAACAGACAUCAACGGCUUCAAAUUUUUGGUCAAGUGGAAGGACUAUCCCAAAUAUGAGUUCAUCGAACGCGAAGUAGCGAAUAAAAAAAUCCCGCAGCUAGUGAUUGCUUUCUACCAAGCACGAGUUCAUUUUGACCACGAUCAGACGUAUGAAAACAUGGAGAAAACUGCGGAAGGAUACUCGUUUGAGCUGCAAAUAAACACGAAAUUGAGUUGUUACAAAUCUGCGCAGAAACUGCGUUCUCAUCUUGUCGAAAAACUCGACUGCGAUCGAACAACUAUUCUUCCUCUUGAGUUUCAUCAUUCGCGAGAGGUAGUCGCCAAGAAGCGCGAAGAACUAACCAACUACGCGCUCCAUAAAGUCAAGAACAACGCAAAAACUACGGCGAAACAAAUGGGCGUCAGAUUAGGAGCGCUCAAGUCGAUCAGCGAUGUUGAAUUAACGGAAUCCUUCAUGAAUACAGGCGCUGCUGGAGACUCGAAUGAACUCAGCCAAGUUUUGAACAAGAAAUCAAAGACGAAAAUAAUCGCCGCUUCCGUCAAAGCUACGUUUUCUAUCUUACCUGCUAAUUCCUAA